AUGGUUAAAUGUACCCGUCCAGUUCAUCCCAUGAAGCUGCUCAUACGUAUAUCUGACUACCGUGCCUUUCUUCUCCUUCAGUUCCCGGCUGUACCCAUGGAUCAGGCGCUGGAUCCAGAUGUACUAACCACCCUAAUGAACUUGGGUUGCUUUAACGACGAACACACACUCCGAGAGAAACUAUCACAGACCGAGAGUAACAUUGAGAAGAUGGUGUAUUAUCUAUUAUUAGAACGCAAGUUCCUGCGCCCGGCUGUGCAGGACAUUGACUUCGACGUGAGUGACGAUGAGAGCGAGUUUCUGGCCUUAUCCUUUCAGGGUCAAUUACACGGCUCAGGUACAACCGACCCGUUUGUGGCCAACCGGCGCGCCUCCACAAAUGGGUCAAUAAAUGAAUUGCUGGACCCCACCGCACACGAGAAUAUCCGUAAACGCACAGACAGCAAUCUCUCGCUCACACAGAGCCAGUCCCAGUACUUGACCGAGAGUGUGUCUCGGCAUCGGUACAUGUCUGUGGACGCGGCCCUGGGCACGUCACCCGAGUGCACAGUCGUACCUAUCAGCACAGGUACCUCCUUGCCGAGUGCAGGUGUAUCGAGGUUCGCCACUAUCUCAGCGCAGUCCAUUAUCCACGAGGAUUUGGCGGGGCUGAAUCAUACGGGUGUGCAUGGUACGGUACGGAAUGGGUCUGAUGUACUCGACAACCACAACCGCACACACACGAACACUGCCAGCACCACCGGUCGUAGCAGUGGUACUGGGAAUGCUGUACUCGAAAGCCCGAGUAUAAAAGUCCCGGACAAACCGGUUAAGGACAGCUCCAGCGUUCCAAACAGGACCGCUGAUAAACCCGUGGCCAGCAAGCCCAGGCUGACGCUGAAUUCAGAGACUGUGGAACAGAACCGAAAAUCUCUCAGGUGCCCUUCGAAGAAAGCACCGAUUCCGCUGGCAACCAUCGAUGGGUCUAACGAGGAGCUGUCCCGCCAAAUGGGAUCGGGCCGAGAAAGCCCUAAAGUGUUAUGGUUCCAGGAACUUUUCGGCGAGAAGAACGUGCGCAUAGUCUCCGACGAUGUACCGCGUGACAAGCUGUUCCAAGGCCUGGUGGAUAUAUUAGACCGAGAGCAUAUAAAGCAUCAGAUCAGUGGACUGGCGAACCGGUGCACUAUCACAUGCCAGUGCUCGUGCGAGGGCGAGGACAGUAAGGGGUUUGAUAUUCCCAUGGAGUUCAAGGUAGAUGUGGUCCCAGCGCCAGAAAAGGACUCGUUUGUUAUAAUUCUGAUGCACAUUUCAGGUGACCCGAGUCGCUUUCUGCGAAUUGUGGAUACUAUGAAGACGGGCGUGCGGCAUUUGGAUCCGAGCACCAUCUCUCAGCCAUAGAUACACCAUUAAAUUAUUACAAAAAUUUACAUUACACUACACUACACUGCAACCCGUGUAGUGUACGCAUUCAACAUUAAAUUAUUCCAAUAAUUUACAUUACACUACACUACACUACACUGCAACUCGUGUAGUGUACGUAUUCAACAUUAAAUUAUUCUAGUAAUUUAC